GUCAGACAGGUGCUGGUCCAGCUGUAGGAGCAGGACCAGGACCAGGACCAGGACCAGCAUGGCUCCUCUGUCCUUCCAGUCUGGAGUGAAUUACGCCAAAACUUUUCUUCCAGAAACCCUGAUGAGGUCAGUGUGGGAGGUCCAGACCACCAUCUCCCGCCACAUCCUGGCCUCUCCUCAUCCUCGCUGCUACCGGGUCUGCAGCCAGAGCCGGCGGCGGCGCCGGACCCUGGUGGCCUCUUCUCUGGACGAGCUUCUGGAGCAGGUGRCGAGGGUCUUCAUGAUGUCCACCUGCGACCCCCUGACCCUGGUCCUGGAGGAGGACGGGACUCUGGUGGACUCMGAGGAGUUCUUCCAGUCUCUGCCUGGGACCACCCAGCUGAUGGUUCUGGACCGGGGGGAGAUGUGGACUGAGAGUAAGAUCCUGCCCAGUUUUCGUGAGCCGAAGAAGAGCGGUAUCGCUAAACUGACCUUUGACCUCUACAAGCUGCACCCCAAGGCCUUCCUGUGCUGCCUGGGGGUCAGAGCCACGGUCUACGACACGUACUCGCUGUCCUACGACUUCAGGUGCACCCGGGCCAAACACGUCCUCAAAAUGUUCUGCUGUGUUCAGGUGGGUUCUGCUCUGUGUCAGCCGUCUGGCCCGGCUCCUGGCCCGGCUGCUGCUCUGCACAUCAUCCUCCCUGCUACAGCUAGCUGCAGAUGAUGAAGAGUCCCGCUAGAUAAACAAGACCCGACUCGGACUGAUGGGCCCGGUUCUGUUUGAGUGAUGGGCCCGGUUCUGUUUGAGUGAUGGGCCCGGUUCUGUUUGAGUGAUGGGCCCGGUUCUGUUUGGAUCCAGACCCUCUGCAGACUAACGGAAUAUUUUAACGUUUUUAUGUGAUGAAGUUAAACCCCUCCAGUGGUUCUGGCUGUAAAGUUCUGUAAAGUCUGGUUCUGUAAAGUCCGGUUUUAUUAAACACGUCUAAUAAAUGUUGGUUUUUAAAGAG